CUAUUUCCCCAAUUUCCCUCCUCUCUCUCUCUCUCUCGAUAUCUUCCAUUCAAUCUGAGCGGCUGACAGAGGCAAAUCGGCGGACGAGGCAAAGGCUGACAGAGGCAAACCUAGAAAAAGCAAAGCUUCCACCAUACCUGUGCUUGAAAUUCGUUUCAACCGAGCAAAAGAGUAUAGCAGGAUCUUGGUGGCCUCCUCUUAGUUUUCUUUGUACAAAGUUCAGACGAGGCCAACUUUACAUACUCUUCGAUGGCGCCAGGAAAAAAAAAAAGAUAAGACACAAUUCCCAGCUUCCUCAGCACACUUCAGGUCCUACUACCUCGUCUGUGCCAUUUAUGGGUCCUCCUCAUCCUCAUCCUCCUCCGCCUCCUCCUCCUCCGCCUCCUCAGCAGACUUCAGUGCCACCUGGCUUUUUCACUUUGCCCUCUUGUGAUCCAGUUCGAUAUAAGCCUAUCUCUAAUUCCCAGAGCAUGCACACUAUACCAUCUUCUUCGCCAGCUUAUCGUACUAGUCAGCAUGGUUGCUCCUCAUCUAUGCCUCCGUCAUCAUUCACUCCAUACCCAAGCUACCAUGUUAGUCAGAAUGGUGGUUCCGCAUCUAUGACUCCAUCUUCAUCUCCAUCAUCAUCCACUCCUAGUGUUUCUAGGCCGCAUGUUGGAGAUUCUACCAUACCGUCAUCCCCAUCUAUUGAUACAUCUACACCUGCUCCUGAUGAUACACAGACUCAGACUUUUGAAGAGAUUGUAUCAUAUGAUUCCCUUCAUAGACUGAUUAUCAUUCCUGAUGGGACUACUGGGUUUGUUCCCUCCAAGGAAUCUACGAAGGUGGUUGUGGAUUGUGUUAAAGGAUUUUAUCGAGAUGCUUGGAGUAAAUGGUCAGAUGUACCGUAUAUUUACAGAAAUCAGAUGUGGAAUCAAUUUAGGACAAGGUGUGCAUGGAUUCCCAAAUAUCAUCAGCAAAUAAGUCAUAAUUUCGAGAAAAAAGCUGCUGAUCGGCUUAAAAAUCUCCUUUAUAAAGCUCGAUAGAAGGGCGAGAAGCCCGGUUGGAUGCUAAAAGAAUUGUGGGAUAGACUUAUUGUGAUAUGGGCUUCCGAAGAAUUUAAGAAGAGGAGCAAUGCUGCAAAGGCUGCCCGAGCCUCCAAUACGGGUGGCUCAUUGCACACUGGGGGUUCAAUUAGUAUGGAGACCCAUCGAAGGAGAAUGGAAAAGGAAAAAGGGAGACUUGUGACUUAUGCUGAGGUCUUUGAGGACAAACAUUUGAAAAAGAAAAAGGAUGGGACAAGAGAAUGGGUCGGGCCGCGUGCUGCGAGGGUAUAUGAAGCCUAUCAGCAACGUUUUGAGGAAUGGCGUCAAAGUCAACCCGAUUCCGAGGAUGGUAGCUCAACCCAAGUGUCACUCAAUGAUGUAGCUUCAAUAUGGAUGCAGGUGGUUGGUGGCGCAAAGAAAGGUAGAACCUACGGUCUUGGAUCACAAUAUUCUGUAGGUCGUUCUACCACAUUGUUGUCUGGUGAUGCGAGUUAUUCGCAAGAUCACGAAGAGGUGGAAGCAUUACGAAAAGAAGUUGAAGAAUUGAAGGAGGAACGGAAAGAAGAUCGCGCAAAUUUUAACAAAUUGCAGAGUCUAGUGGAGAAAUUUAUGAGCGGACGUCCAUUUGCUCCUUCGAAUAUUGACAAUGGCGGGGAUAAUGAGUUUUAAUUUGUUAUGGUUAUUGAUGUUUGAGACAUUAUUAUUUGUUGUAGUUGAAUGUUUAGACUUGGUAAUAUUUACACUUGACUAUGAUUGUAAUAUUUUAGACUAGAUUGAAUGGUGUUAGAAUGUUUAACUCUUUUUGGAUCUUUUAGUUACAAAUAUUUAUGUUUUGCAUUUUAUGGAUU